AUGGCGGAAACCGAUCGUAAUGGCGGCAAACCACAAUCGAGCCGUCAGACAUUGAAAGUCAGAGAGCAUAGUGUGUUGGGACCCUAUGUUGAUGGACUUUCUAAACUGGCUGUCACAAGCUACAAGGAUAUCGAGUCUUUGAUGUCUGAGGGUAACAAGUCUCGCACAGUUGCUGCCACCAACAUGAACGAGGAGAGCAGCCGGUCCCACGCAGUCUUCAAAAUCACCCUCACGCAUACUCUAUACGACGUUAAGUCCGGGACAUCUGGGGAGAAAGUGGGCAAGCUGAGCUUGGUGGACUUGGCUGGUAGUGAACGAGCAACAAAAACCGGAGCUGCCGGCGACAGGCUGAAGGAAGGGAGCAACAUCAACAAGUCGCUCACGACCCUCGGUCUGGUUAUCUCCGCCCUCGCAGAUCAGAGUGCUGGCAAGAACAAGAAUAAGUUUGUUCCUUAUCGUGACUCCGUCCUCACAUGGCUGCUUAAAGACAGUCUUGGUGGUAAUAGCAAGACAGCAAUGGUGGCGACUGUGAGUCCGGCAGCUGAUAACUAUGAUGAAACCCUCUCCACCCUGCGGUACGCAGAUCGUGCCAAGCACAUCGUGAACCAUGCUGUGGUGAAUGAGGAUCCCAACGCACGAAUUAUCCGGGAUCUCCGGGAAGAAGUGGAGAAACUCCGAGAGCAGCUCACGAAGGCGGAGUUGCCUGUUGCCAGAACCAUGCUCCGGCUGAGUGGUGCUGAGAAGAAUGGACCCAGGACCUAUCAAUAUAAUUAUCUUUUUGGAAUUAUAUUUAUGAAACAGAAAACAGAUUCGCUGCAUUUGACGUCGGAAGCUGCCCGCGUCUGUGAUGUCUGUGACGUCAUCUCCGUCUGUGACGCCCCGGAAGCGACCACCUGUGUGGGAGCGCUCCCCGAGGUCUUCCGGGACCUGGGCGCCCGUUUUCAGCAAUAA